UUUCUUGCCUGAAAAGACGCUUGAUUGGUGCCUGAUUGAGAUCUCUCGGAGACCUUCGGCUGGCGUGUGUGCCUUUAAAAGUGUGGAUGCGCCCCGAUUCCCAGGGUCUCGCUUUCUUACCACCCCACUGUGAUUGACAGAGCAGGCUGGCGGCGGAUCCUCCUUCCCUUCUCCCCUCGUUCUCAGUAACUUUGUAUAGAGGGAUGCAUCGGGCACACAGCACAGCCUGAAAAUGGCUCUCCGCUGGAUUUACCGUUGUCUGCUUAUCCUCCAUGCAGUGGUGCAGAACCAAGCCUUACGGAGUUACCCGGAGAAUGAAGUCACUCUGCUGGACUCCAUGUCGGCCCUUGGUGAUCUGGGCUGGGAGGCCUAUCCGGCGGAGGGGUGGGAGGAGAUCAGUGUGAUGGACGAGAGGAACACGCCCAUGCGUACCUACCAGGUGUGCAAUGUGAUGGAGGCCAGCCAGAACAACUGGCUACGGACGGGGCACAUCGCCCGCGAGGGCGCCCGCCGCGUCUACGUGGAGAUCAAGUUCACGCUGCGCGACUGCAACAGCCUGCCGGGCGUGCCAGGCACCUGCAAGGAGACCUUUAACAUGUACUACUAUGAGUCUAACAGCGCCAACCUGAGGCAUGUGCGCGAGAGCCAAUUCAUCAAGAUCGACACCAUUGCCGCCGACGAGAGCUUCACGCAGGUGGAUGUGGGUGAUCGGGUGAUGAAGCUGAACACGGAGGUGCGGGACAUCAGCAACCUGAGCAAGAAGGGCUUCUACCUGGCCUUCCAGGAUGUGGGUGCCUGCAUCGCCCUGGUCUCCGUGCGCGUCUUCUACAAACGCUGUCCACUGGCCGUCCGUAACCUGGCACAGUUCCCCGACACGGUGACAGGUGGCGACUCGGCACUGGUGGAGGUGCGCGGCUCCUGCGUGGUCGACGCCGAGGAGCUGGAGGCGCCCCGCAUGUAUUGCGGCGCCGAUGGGGGCUGGCUGGUGCCCAUCGGCCGCUGCGUAUGCAAGCCGGGCUUCGAGGAGGAGGAGGGCGCCUGCCGACCCUGCAGGCCAGGAACCUACAAGGCGUCAGCCAUGGAUGCCUACUGCACCAAAUGCCCCGGCCACAGCCACUCUCCCCAGGAGCAGGCCUCCGAGUGCAUCUGCGAGAAGGGCUACUACCGGGCCGAGGCGGAUUCCCGCUCCAUGGCCUGCACCAGACCCCCAUCUGCCCCAGAGAAUCCCAUCUCGACCAUCAACGAGACGUCGGUGACCCUGGAGUGGAGCCCGCCCCUUGACAAUGGGGGCCGGGGGGACGUCACCUACAAUGUGCACUGUGCUCGCUGUCCGGGGGCCGGGCGAAGCUGCGGGCCCUGUGGUUCCGGUGGGGGGGGCGGCCCACACUUCACCCCCCGCCAGUUCGGCCUGUCCAUGGGCAAGGUGCUGGUCACAGAGCUGCAGGCCCAUACCAACUACACCUUCAGCGUGGAGGCCCUCAAUGGUGUGUCCCACCUGAGCCCCACCCCCCGGCAGCAGGUGUCUGUAAACAUCACGACCAGCCAGACAGUGAGCGUGAUGCUGAAGGAGAGGAAGAGGAAGGGCAGCGUGACCCUGGCCUGGCAGGGUCCUGACAGAGCCAGCGGGGCUGUGCUGGAGUAUGAGGUGAUCUACUACGAGAAGAAUCAGAGGGACCAGAAUUACACAGUCCUGAAGACCAAGUCCAACAUCAUGACUGUGAAUGGUCUAAAGCCGGGCACCACCUAUGUGUUCCGGGUGCGGGCACGCAUGGAUGGUGGGUAUGGAAACUACGGAGGAGAAAUUGAGCUGGAGACCAGCCACGAUGACAUGUUGGCCAUCGGGGACCCCAACCAGUCGACCAUCCUGGCGAUAUCCAUCGCAGGAGGCGUCAUUCUGCUUGUGUUUCUCGUGGCAUGUUUCGUCGUGAGUGGGAGACACUGUGGAUACAUCAAAGCCAAGCAAGACCCCGACGAAGAGAUGCAGUUCCAGCAUGGGCGUGUCAAGCUGCCAGGGAGCAGGACCUACAUCCACCCACACACCUACGAGGACCCCAAUCAAGCUGUCCGAGAUUUUGCCAAGGAGAUUGACGCAUCCAGUAUCCGCAUCGAGCGAGUGAUAGGGGCAGGGGAGUUCGGCGAGGUGUGCAGCGGCCGGCUGAAGCUGCCGGGAAAGCGGGAGAUCUGCGUGGCCAUCAAGAGCCUGAAGGCCGGCUACACCGACAAGCAGAGGCGGGACUUCCUGAGCGAGGCCAGCAUCAUGGGCCAGUUCGACCACCCCAACAUCAUCCACCUGGAGGGCGUGGUCACCAAAUGUAAACCGGUGAUGAUCAUAACGGAGUACAUGGAGAACGGAUCCCUGGACUCCUUCCUGAAGAAACACGACGGUCAGUUCACGGUGAUCCAGCUGGUGGGCAUGCUGCGUGGCAUCGCCUCAGGCAUGAAGUACCUGUCGGACAUGAGCUACGUGCACCGCGACCUGGCCGCCAGGAACAUCCUGGUCAACAGCAACCUGGUGUGCAAGGUGUCCGACUUCGGCCUGUCCCGUGUGCUGGAGGACGACCCGGAGGCCGCCUACACCACCAGGGGGGGGAAGAUCCCCAUCAGGUGGACAGCCCCCGAGGCCAUCGCUUACCGGAAGUUCACAUCCGCCAGCGACGUGUGGAGCUACGGCAUCGUCAUGUGGGAGGUCAUCUCGUACGGCGAGCGGCCCUACUGGGAGAUGUCCAAUCAGGAUGUGAUCAAGGCCAUCGACGAGGGCUACCGGCUGCCCGCCCCUAUGGACUGCCCCCUGGUCCUGCACCAACUCAUGCUGGACUGCUGGGAGAAGGGCCGUAGCGAUCGGCCCAAUUUCGGGCAGAUUGUCAACGCCCUGGACAAGCUGAUUCGUAGUCCUGGCAACCUGAGGCCGCUGGCCAACAGCUCUGUUUGGGAGGAUCCUGCCUCCCCAGAACCUCCUGCCAGCACAGUUGAGGACUGGCUUGACUCUAUCAAGAUGGGCCAGUACAAGGAGCACUUCGCAAGCGCAGGAUACGUCACACUGGACUCUCUGCUUUUCAUCAACAUCAGCGAGCUGGGGAAGAUGGGCGUGACGCUGGCCGGACACCAGAAGAAGAUCCUCAGCAGCAUACAGAGUCUGCAGACACAAGGGACUCAUGUCCAAGUGUAACACAGCUCCCCACCCCAAGCAGACAGAAUGAGAUGGUAGAGGAGGAGAGAGACCAGGAGAAGGUGAGAACUGCGAGAAGAGUCCCUCGUUACUUUCAACCGACAGGCUUCACCACUCAUCCUGCACUGGAUGUUACCUCGCUGAAAGCACUCCACCCUCCGUUCGAGCACGUAGCACCAACCGCAACAGCCAGGACACCCAGAGAACCAGAGACUGAUCUACAUUAGGUCACCACCAAGCAUCCCAGAAAAACAAAAACAAACAAAAAAACAGCCAAAUUUGGCAUGUGGAGUUUAGCAUACGGUCAUUUGGACGUUUUAUUUGACUGUCUGCUUCACAUCUCGUUUCCUUUUCGUUCUUUCGGGGGUCAGGUGAUCUGUGUUUGCUCAAGUGCAUUGACACGUGCUCUGCGCAGCACACUGGGCUGAGGCCCAGAACCAUUCCAUUUCAGAAUGACCUCGUCCCACGUCACGUGACCCGUGAUGCCCAGUGGUGGAGACCCGACCCAUCUACUGUAUGUGUGGGUUUAUGGCCCCUCACAAGUCUCCAUGUAUAUAUAUAUAUAUAUAUGUGUGAGGACCAGCACUAUGAAAUCACUUUCGUGAAUGUACUGCUAUGUCCUCCUUGGUCCUCAUUCAAUGAGGCCACAAUGUUAAUGGAGCGGCUAGCAGUUACUGGCAGUCUACAAACCAACACCCCGCCUAGACCACAUGCGUAUGGCUGUCUGUGCUGUUAUCCAGAAACCCAAUUACUUACCUCAGAAAGAUCCAUUCAGGCUGGAGCACUCAAAUACAGCUGCUUGAUCUUUAUGUUUUAUUUCCCCAAUUUUCCAUUUUCCCCAGUAUUUUGGUCUUUCAAUAGUUAAAUACAGAUGUUUUUAGGCAAAAGCCCCAGGUUGAAGGAGCCCGCCCCACACCCCCACACCCCCACCCCUGACACCGAACCUGAGGCAACAAAGCAGGUAUUUUCAACUCUAAAACUGCCACAGUGAAUCCAAGCAUGGAGUUGGACUCUGAAUCCCAAUCAAGCACUGGAUUAUGGUAAAAUGGGACCCGCAGAGAAAUGCAUGCAAGUACAAACAGCCAUACCCAACUUGUCUAGGCUCUAGAACCUUAGAGAUAUACCACCAAUCAAUGUGUGUUUUUCAAAAGAAAAGUUGUUACAGCAACAAACCUCCAGGAAAUAAAUAACUAGAUUGUUGUAUCAUAGUGUAAAAAUGUACAGUGUUGAUUUAAGAGUGUAGAAUGUUUGUAAUGAUGUACUUUUAUUUAGAAGAAGGAGAACCCCUAGGGGAUGUGUUUGAAUUCAUUGGUCAGCAGGCAACAGUGUUGGAGCACUGAUUUGUGGAAUGUAGCAUGGAUACUUAGUUCCGUUGUUGACUGAUAGGUCACGGUGACUGCAGUGUCACGCAAGUGGUAAAAAAAAAAAAAACUACUUGACAUUUAAAUGCCUUAUUUACUGUCCCAUCCGUUCCUUUAAAUCCAUGCGUCCUGUGUUACGGGCCAUCGUGUGCAUAUAUAGCCUUUAUGGACUCAAAAAAGGCUAACAGCGAAUCAUGUUGUGGGAUUCAGAGAAAAGUCUAUGGGUCGAAGGUCAGGGUUGAUCAGGGUCCUUUCAAAUCACAUAUUAAAUUUAACCUAGAGGAACAGGCAGCUGUUGUAUCUCCAAGAGACAGUCAGAGGCCUGUCAGACCUGCUGGACAUUCCCAGGGCGUCUUCCAUUGGAUAUGUGAUGUCAGCUGGCUCUGUCCAGAUUCAUAAUCCGCGGAGCUUCUUAUCUCUCUUGAAUUACACAUGUGCCGUGUCUUACAACAUUUUCUGGGGAGGGAUCGCGAAGAUCGUGUUCAGCUAUUUUUUUUUACUCCCAGCACCUUCAGUGAAUAGCCCCCCCCACCCCACCCCCAAAAAAAAAGCCGCAAACCGUCAUACGAUAAUCACAUUUUAGAUCAUGGUGACAACUGCUAUAAUUACGAAGGCUUGUAUUAGCAUCCAGGUUUUUUUGAGAGUACAUGCUCACAUGGAGCAAUGUCAUCUUCGCAUCGCCCCCCCAUGUUUACUUAUCCGGAUUAUUCCGCCGAAUAAGCCCAUCACAAUCUAUAAACAAGACACGUUUGAUCCUUCUUCUGCUAAUAAGUUGUGAACUCCCCUAAAUUGGAGAGUCAUUGAAGCGUACGUCUCUAUUCGCUCCCAUGAUCCUUUGUGAGGCGGCAGGCGAUUCGUUUAAAAUGCAGAGUGUGUUAAAACGUGAGCUGCGGCAACACCCUCCCCGAGCUCCUUGUACUGUGGUAAACAGCGUCCAUCUGAUGCCGUGUGUGUGUCCAUAGAGGCGCGUGUUGAUUAAUGGUGACAAUGUACCCAGAUGCAUACAGUCGUUUCGUCCCAAGAUGUUCCGGUCGUUCUUGAGUCUCUGUAAGUGGCACAGAUAGAUACUCUUAAUGUAACUUAAUGUAAAAGCAAUAGUAUGAUUUAUACGUGAUGCACAUGGAUUUUAAGUGAGGCUCUCUCAGAUAUCUUCCAGCUUCAAGGCUGCUAAUAUACAUCUUAGGCAACAUCUAAUUUAACAGAGAGAAUGUUAUUCCUUUUAUACAAUGUUCUAUGGCUGGUAGGGAUGACGUGUAUUUUAUUUUUUUUGGGGGGGGGGGGGGGGGGUUCAGAGAUUAAGCUAAAAAAGAAAAAUGUCAGUUCAUCAUGUCCAGAGGACAACUGAAUUCCAGGUUCUGCGUAUGACGUCAAGUUUACCCAAGGCCAUGGCGUCGCAAGACAGGAGAAACGUCUGCAUGUUAAUUAAGCAUCAGUGGUGGACCUGGGGGGGUGAAUCUCCAAAAACUAAGGAUUAAAAAAAAAUAAGCGACCCAAACGUCACUCAAGGAUUGUUCCGUCACACAUGCAACAUAUACAAUGGCAGAAAGGAUGGGGUGGGGGUUCUUAUCGGGAGCGGCAGCAGACGGUGAUUGGCAGCUCGGAGAGUUAUCCGUGGUUCACCGGUUCACACUGGCAGCAAGGCCCCGGCAUAAGGAGGUGUAAAACUAUUGUGUGUGUGAGCCUUCAUGCUCUUCCGCGACUGUCAGGCUUAUCUGUGGGAGGGGGGACAGGGUCAGGAAGUGAACUGGAUUCCAUUCUGUAUGAUGCCCUUGCUGAUGAUGAGCACGAAACCUGCACGGGGACAAUGAGGGGCCCGGCUGGAGCUCAGGGGCCACAGCUUGGCACUGCGGCAGACCUGGCGUCACUGUGAGAAAUGAGGGCGACCCCUUCCUCACAGUCAGGCUCCGUCUCUGCUGUAAAGGUUUUCUGCUCCUUAGUCAGACUGUUUUCCUGUUCCUUCAUGCCCCUGUGCUUAUUUUCCCUACUCAUGCAGGUUUCUAUGAGCUUGUUAAAGAUGUACACAUUUUGGACUUCCUGUUGCUGUAAUAAAUAUGCUAAUAUUUUUAAUUUCUCACCCGAA